AUGGGUGACUCUGGAGCGAAGGCGGUCGUCUGGCCGACCGGGCAGAUUGACCGGAAAAAGAGAAUGGCGGAGGCGAGAUCCCCUAGAGUUUCUAAGUACGGCGAGAAUGCAACUCUAUCUUUCUACGAUGCAUUGGAUAAGUACCCAGUCGAACGGAAAUCGGUGCUAGUGAUAGGGAGUCAAACCCCUUGGCUUGAGGGAAUUCUCUUGGCGUAUAAAGCUGGAUCGAUCACGACUGUUGAUUUCAACAGACCCGCUGCAGACUAUCCCGGACUGAGGCUGUGGAAUAUUGCUGAGCUGGACGCCUCAGAUGAGUCCUUUGACGUGGUAGCUUCGUAUUCGUCGCUGGAGCACGAUGGGCUGGGGAGAUAUGGCGAUCCGCUAAACCCGGAUGGAGAUCGGCUGAGAAUGAUGAAGGUAAAUUGCGCUGAGGUGCUUGGUUCUGCCAUGUCCCUCUGUCCCAUUGCUGCUGCGCAGAUCAGGGGCCUACUAAAGCCAGGAGGGCUCUUCUUCCUGGGGGUGCCAGUGGGGAACGACACGCUGGUGUUCAAUGCACAUCGGGUGUACGGUCCCAUCCGCAUGCCACUGCUGCUCAAUGGCUGGAAGCUGCUGGAUGUGUUUGGGGUGUCCAGUCUCGAAGCAGCUUAUAGGGAGAACCUGAAUGCAACAAUCUUACAGCCGGUCAUGGUGUUGAGGUAG